AAAAAAAGUGUUGUUUUUUUGGAGGGGAGGUAGGUGGAGUGGGGGGUAGUUGAAAGUAGCUGAAAAUGAAAAAACAAAAAAAUGAAACAACCCAAAUCGAAAGUGAAAGAAGAAUUGGACUCUCGCACAGAAUGCGGAAGGUCUGCCAGCAUUUUCCACGCCGAUAUUCACUGUUUUGUGUCUACGUUUGCCUCCCAAAAGUAUUCCGGAUGUAUUUUCGGCCGAGUUGUACGUCAUAACAACCCACGGGAAAGAUUCGGUACUCGGGCGGACUCGGCUUUGUUGAGAGUCGCCGACGCCCCCCAAGAGAUGGCGAACGCGCAUUGGAAGUAUAUGAGAGUAGGACUGCAGGAGGAUGACGAUGAGGAGGAGGUGAUGGUGGACAUUUUGGAGGAGAGGAGGCAGAGCAGUGACAUAGGCCACGCCCUCAGGACCUUCAGGACCCACCCCUACAGAGGGGCAGCGCCCUGCUCCGCCAGUCAACUCAACGCGGCCGUGCUGGCCUCCCAAGAUGUAUGCCGCGUGAUGGUGGAGGUUGCCAUGGAGACACAAGCACCGCUGGAGGCCGUGAGAGAGCAGGCUGUCGCCAUUUUGGAGGAGAUGUCCCAAAACCUGCAGCUGGGAUUUGUGCGUCUGAUGGGCUUCAUGCUUAGCAAAGUGCUAAAGCGCCUCUACUCCAGCAUCUACGUCAACAUGGAAGCUGUACACAUGCUUCAGCAGGCUGUGGAGGACACUCCCGUCAUCCUGCUGCCCAACCACAGGAGCUACACGGACUUCUUGGUGCUCUCCUACAUCAUGUUCACCUACGACAUCCCGCUACCUGUCAUCGCCUCCGGAUUGGCUUUGGCUGGGAUGAAGUUCAUGGGCGAGAUGCUGCGUCGCUGUGGAGCGUUCUACAUCCGACGCGACAUCGCCUCCAACAGGCUGUACUGUGCAGUGCUGUCAGAAUAUGUGAAAAGCCUCGUUAGGACGGGAUUUGCUCCGGUGGAAUUUUACAUCGAAGGCUUCCGGAGUCGCUCCCUAAAAUCCUUGACGCCCAAGUUAGGUAUGUUGCACAUGGUACUGGAUCCCUACUUUAAAGGCGAGGUGUCCGACAUCACCUUGGUUCCCAUCAGCCUCAGCUACGAUCGGCUUCUAGAAGAGUCCCUGCUGGCCCGCGAGCUCCUGGGCAUCCCCAAGCCCAAAGAGAGCACCAUGGGUCUGCUGAGGGUGGCCAGGGUCCUACGGGAGGAUUACGGCUGCAUGCACGUCAACUUUGGUCGGCCCGUGUCGGCCAGACAACUUUGUCAGGGGAACAUAGAGCCGCUCAUAUCCAUAGAAGAUCCUCAGAGGCCGUCGGAGGAGAAGCAGGCUCGCGUGAGCCGACUGGCUCAUCUGAUGGUUCGAAUCCAGGAGCGGGGUUCCUUCACCAGCCUCUGGUCCCUCAUGGCCUGCCUGCUGCUCCAGUGGCCGCCCUCGGUCCUGACACAAACGGGCCUGCCUUGGCGACAGCUCGCCGAGAGGACGCUUUGGAUCAAGAAGCUGGCGCUCAACUUUGGGGCGCGGCUGAACUGGCCCGGACACGUCCCCGACUUGGAGGUGAUGUCGCUGGCCGUGGCCCUCCAUUACCCCUCGGUUCGCCUGAAGGCAGAGCGCGUCUUCCUGGUCGUGAAGGAAGAGGAUGAGGUGGCAGGCCGGCAGCUAAUCAGCACAGGGGACGACGUGGCCAGGAUGGCCGAGCCCAUGCUGAUGAUGGCGUCCUACCGCAACCAGUCUCUGCACCUUUUUGUCCGACCGGCCCUGCUUGCCAUGGCCUUGAGCCUUUCUCGAAGCGACCGCAGAGAUGAGAUCUUUGCGUCUUUCUGCUUCCUCCAGAACGUCUUCAGAAGUGAAUUCAUCUUCAUUCCUGGCGAAGCUGCCAAGGACUUUGAGGAGGCGUGCUACCUCCUGAAGAAAUGCGGCGCCCUGGAUGUCAUCGGCCCGCAGGAAAUGUCGCUAUCUGAGGGAGGCGUGGAGGUGUUGUCCUUCCUACGGGCGGUUCUGAAACCUUUCAUUGACUCCUACCGGGUCAUGUUGAGGUUCCUCAGUGACCAGGACGCUUAUGUGAUCACUGAGAAAGACUUCCUACCCGCUGUGAGGAGUCUGGCAACCAAGCUCAUCCUUUCAGGCGAUCUCCACACCUACGAGACCCUCUCAUCCGACGUCCAGAAGAACGUCCUGUCGGCCCUUAGGAGGAUGGCGGCUUUGACAAAGCUGAAGGCGUCAGAGAAGGAGUAUCGUGUGGAUAAAGACGCCGUGAGAAGAAUAGAACGCACACUCUCUGGGCAAAUCCGUCCCCAGAUGCUCCAGACUGAACCUGACGCAAGACUUUAGUCUUCAUUGGAACAUGUCCAGCCCCAGCACCAGACCAUAUUCACGCUCUCACCUAGACUUGACCCCUUCCUCCUCUUCCUUUUUGUUGUUCCUCAUCCUCCCCUUUUUUGGACACCAGAAGAUAUCUGAUGACAUCAGUUCUCAUCAUUGUAAUCAAGGCAGUAAAAUUACAUUAAUAGUAUGCCUUUGUUUGCUAUACUUUGUAUGAAGGUGUGUUAGGGCCACACUGAAAAAAAAAAAGACAUUAAAAUGAUGGUUAAAAAUUCCACCUGAAUAAAGUUGUAAUGCUA